GGAGCCAAAGCAGGAAGGAAGGCAGGCAGAGAGGGAAGGGAGGCAGGCUGUGAAUGCUAACAAGCCCCGUCGUAAUCAUACAGUUCCGUAGGUAGGGUUUGAUCAAAAACGUCUUGCAAUGGAGAGGAACGACGACCACUAUUAAACACCUACUAUGCACCAGUGCCGCCUUCGUCCUGUGCGCGUGCAGCAGUCUCACCGUCGUCGGCACGUUUGAUCUGAAUAACCGUCUUUUUCCGCUGAGUGAAAUGUAUCGCGACUGCUUGGGACUCACAUUCUGACAAUGGAGAUUGAAAAUAUCGUGGCCAACACUGUUCUCCUGAAGGCGAGGGAAGGUGGAGGAGGGAAGAGGAAUGGUCGCAGCAAGAAAUGGAAAGAGAUGCUGAAACUCCCCCACAUCAGCCAGUGUGAGGAGCUACGCCGCACUAUCGAGAGGGACUACACCAGUCUAUGUGAGAAGCAGCCCAUUGGCCGGCUGUUAUUCCGGCAGUACUGUGAUACCAGGCCAGAGCUGAAGCGCUGCAUUGAGUUUAUGGACGCUGUGGCCAUGUACCAGCUCGCUCCGGACGAGAAGAGGAGGGACUGUGGACUGAAUCUUUUAGACACAUACUUUAAUAAUGGGUCUGCAGCCCAUCUGCCAGACGUUCCCCAGGAAGUGGUGGCUGGGUGUCGGGAGAGGCUGGAGCAGAGUCCAUGUAAGGAGCUCUUCAAUGACUGCACCAAAAUAGUUUGUGAUUAUCUGAGUGGAGCUCCAUUUUCCUCCUACCACGAGUCCAUGUACUUCUCUCGCUUCCUGCAGUGGAAAUGGUUGGAGAGGCAACCAGUAACCAAAAAUACCUUCAGACAUUACAGAGUACUAGGAAAAGGUGGAUUUGGCGAGGUUUGUGCCUGCCAAGUACGUGCCACCGGUAAGAUGUACGCCUGUAAAAAGCUGGAAAAGAAACGAGUGAAGAAAAGAAAAGGUGAAGCAAUGGCACUAAACGAAAAACGCAUUUUAGAAAAAGUUAACAGUAGUUUUGUAGUUAGUCUAGCAUAUGCGUAUGAGACCAAGGAUGCGCUGUGCCUGGUGUUGACCAUAAUGAAUGGCGGCGACCUAAAGUUCCACAUCUACAACAUGGGCAACUCGGGCUUCGACGAACAGAGGGCCAUCUUCUACGCUGCUGAGAUCUGCUGUGGCCUUGAGGACCUGCACCGUGAGAGGAUAGUCUACAGGGAUUUGAAACCUGAAAACAUCCUUCUGGAUGAUCGUGGACACAUCCGAAUUUCAGACCUGGGCCUUGCUGUUCAAAUCCCUGAAGGAGAGACGAUACGAGGGAGAGUGGGCACUGUUGGAUACAUGGCUCCCGAGGUGAUCCAGAACGAGAGCUACUCCGUCAGCCCCGACUGGUGGGGGCUGGGCUGCCUGAUCUUCGAGAUGAUUCAGGGCCAGUCGCCCUUCCGCAAGCGCAAGGAGCGCGUCAAGCGGGAGGAGGUGGACAGGAGAGUGCGCGAGGACCAGGAGGAGUACUCUGAUAAAUUCGUAGAGGAGGCGAAGGACAUCUGCAGACAGCUCCUGUCCAAGGACCCCAAACAGCGGCUCGGGUGUCAGGGUCGAGGGGCCGUAGAGGUCAAGCAGCACCCCAUCUUCAGAAACAUCAACUUCAAACGGCUGGAGGCCAACAUGCUGGACCCUCCCUUCAGCCCCGAUCCUCGAGCUGUGUACUGUAAAGACGUCCUGGACAUCGAGCAGUUCUCCACCGUCAAAGGCGUGAACCUUGACCCCACAGACGAUGACUUCUACCACAAGUUUGUCACAGGCAGCGUCUCCAUCCCGUGGCAGAACGAGAUGAUUGAGAUGGAGUGCUUCAAAGAAAUCAACGUCUACGAGACUGACGGGACGUUGUGCUCAGACCUGGACGUGAACCGGCCUAACCCUCCACCAAAGAGAGGCUUCUUCUACCGCCUGUUCAGAAGAGAGGCAAGUGCUAGUGCUCCGGCAACUGUCCGAGGGGGUGGGGGCUAAGGUCUGUUUUAAGAGCGGUUACAGUGAUGACGAGAUCGAAGAGCCCUCACGACUUUAAACCACUCCCUCCUCCACCCGCCUCCUCUUUCACCUCCUCCUCCCACCCCCCCCACCCCUCGCCGCUGAACUUCACCACAAACUCCAACAGAGCGCAAAUCUUAGGAACUCAGUGAAUGUUGACCUGUAUUUAUGAGCUGUAUUAAAAGUGUAUUAUAAUUAAAGAAAAAAGUAUGAGUUUAAAGAUUUUGUACAUUUGUACUUGAAUUUAUGUCUAGAUGUAUAUUUUCACUAAAGGUUGUAUUGUACAAAAAGCCAUAAAAGUACCACUUGAAUGCAUACAUUACGUUUUUAUUUCCUUUUUGUUUUCCUUUUACUUUCUUUUGGAAUGGAUAACGUGUAUUGGGGAGUUUGUUUUUUAAAGAAGUACAGUACCAGUAUGUUUCUUUUUUUCUUUCAAUGUAGCAUAAGGCCUUUUUGUUUUUUUAUGUGCUGUAUGUUUGUAUUUGAUUUGUUAGCACAUCGGUUCCUAAACUAACCCCUCAGCCUCGGCACCCUUCAAGGCUCAGGUAGAUCUGAACGAAGCGCAUAGAUCCUAAUGAUUUGAGGGGGAAAGGAAUCCAGUCUAGCAUUGUUUUGAUGCCCAGCUUCUUACACCUUCCCAUGUGUUUCCCCAUCUCCACCUGCCCCUUAGAUUUAAAUCGGUUCGGAUAUGAUAACCCUGAUCUUCCCCUCUGGACUGUAUGGCAUGUGAAAUUAAACAUCCUCUCCAUGCCUACUUAAUUCGGGCAGUGAUGGAUUUAUUUCCGACAAUCUUUUUGUCAGCAUGUACAAACAUUUAGUAUAUUUCAAGGAGGCUUUUUUUCGGUAACACAGGGCCUGAUUAAUAUAAUUCCUAGGCCUCAAAAAAAUCUCCUUUGAGCUGCAAACGCUCGGAUCAUAUGAACAUGUGUUUCCUUCAGGAGCACACCUGUUAAGUAAAAGUCUGUUACAUUAUUCACUCAGGCAAAACCUUUUUUGUAUCUUUAUUCCUCCUCCUGUUUUUAACUUCUUUUUUUUUGUACAACCUGGCUUUCCUUAGUUUCCUUUUUCCUUACUUUUCUGGUUAUUAUAAGCGGAAGUCUUUCCCCUCGAAGGUUCCCAGUAAUCUAUAAUUUGUUUACUGGCGAAUGAGAUAGCACAUAGACAGAUGAUGAUGAUGAUGAUGAUGAUGGCACUGUAUAAAAGACCUGACCUGCAGCUGACAAGGGCUUCAUCUAGAUAACAAAUUGGGGUUGCAUAAAACAAACUUCCUUUGAUUCUGCUGUUAGCAGCUGUUAGCCUCUGCGCUAAGUCACAAUACUGUGCCUGUUGAUCGUAGAUAGCAAAUAUCCCGCUUGUAGACCUCCAGUUUAGCUUUAGCUGUGUUUGUGCUAAAUGAAAGCAUUACUAUAAACCCACCAUUGAAAUCUUGUAUGUUGUUCUGUCAUAGGAAUGGCUUGAGACAGUUGUUUUUUGUGUGUAGAGAGGAAGAAACGUAUCGAGUUACCAUCAUCUGUGUACAGGAUCACUUGCAGAACCACAGUUGUGUGCUCUUUUUCAACCAUAGAAGUGUUUCCUUCCAAUCAUGAACAAAUACAUUUUCUGUGCAUUUCCAACCACCUGUCCUCAUUUGAUUUUCAGAGACAAUUGAAGCUAUCUUGCUUUUGAAUUUUUGCUUUUGAGGCAGUUGCUGUUUACUCCCCCCACCACCUGUUUUUAAUGCUGUGAAUACCCAAUCUGGACAUGUUGGCUCUGUGCGUGUAUUACAUUGUAUGCAAAUGCAGCUUCUGUUCAAUCCAAUGCAUCGAAGUACAACCAUACAAUAGUUAAAAUCACGUAGAGACUUGAACGUCACUCAUUUGAAUUUCAAACCAUUGAAGACAUUUUAAAAUGGUACGCAUAUAAUUCCCAAUCUGGUUUACUAUUUUGGAGAGUUGGCUUUUUGAACAAAUAAAAUUGUCCCCUGUUGCACAUUCCAUCAUGAAAAAUCAGGAAUCGAAUGCGUGCAUCUGUUUCUGGCUUGUUGUCACUUUUUCCUGAGUGUCUUUGUUAUUUUUCUUUGUUGCUCUCAGGCACAUUUUGAAGCUGAUUUCUCUUGCCUAUGUAGAUUUUAGCCUUUUAGCUAUUUAGCCUAAAAAAAAACAUGUAAAUGAUGUAUUUCUAACAUAACUAAGCUCUAACACACAUUCACUCACUCUCACAGGGAAACGAAACUGUGUUUGCCACCCAUGCCUCUGUCAUUGUAUGAACUUUACUCUUCUAACAUCCAUAUAGCAGUAAAGGAAUUAUGUUUAGUUUCAUUGCACUAUGGUGUGUUUUGACAAUGACUAUAGGAAGUGUCUUGAACUUUUAUGCCAAUGAUACCAAAAGCAACAUUUAGUAAAACUUGUCUUGUUCUCGGAAAACAAAUUGCUGAAGAAAGACUGAUGGCCUUUAUUGUAUGUGCCAAUUUACCGAGUUAAGUUCUGACAUCUUGCCUUUUUUUCAACCUCUCUAUCAUUCCGUCCAUUCCGAGAGAAAUUCCUUCACAUAAAGGAAACUUUAAAAAGCUCAACAGUUAUGAAUGUCCGCACUAAGUGCAUUGUAAUGCCUGUUUAAAAAAAAAAAAAAAAUACAUAUGUUUUAUUACUCAAGCAUGUAUUGGUUUGUAAUACUUCAGGUUCCUUGUAUAUGUAAAUGAUGACCUUCUAGUGCCAACAUAUCUCACUGGUAUCUGAGGACAACUUUAUAAAUGGCAAGGUGACCAGCUGAGUUUGGCCCCGUUUGAAGCCAUAACAUGCAUUCCUUUUCCUGCCUUCCUCCAACGGUGGUGAUGGCGAGUCCUUGAAAAAGUGGGAUGGCACUCACCUGAAACGUUUUAAAGUGCAAGAUACUCUGGUCUUUGUUGUCACUUGGAUUUAAUUUUUGGUUAACUACAGAUAUAUGCCUGGCGGUUCUCCAGGGUUACAUGCUCUUCUGUCCCGAUAUUUCAGAUAAGUUCCCUAAAAGGAAGGGAGGAAUGAGGAAAUGCAUUAUUGGUAUUCAAGCCGGGGCCUGUGACUUCUUGAUUUUCUUCUUUUUUUUGUAUCUGUACAGUCAUGUCGUUCAACCACUGCAGUCAUUGUUAAUUCUUGUACAAGUUGUAUCACUGGUUGUUGUACCAUAUCUGACAUUUGUAAUUAUGAAAUAAUACACUGCCAUUUGUAUAAAAAAAUACUUGUCUUGA